AUGAAAUUUAGAAGUGUUAUUGAAUGUGAAAAGCCAAAUAACGAUUUAAGCAGGUUUCGUGGUUACAUGGCUCAUAAAAAUGGAAAGAAAUCUGGUCUUCACAAAGAAAAUCUCCUGUUACGUGGCUGUACUCUGCGGAACACAGAGGUCGUCUCUGGCAUUGUUGUCUAUGCAGGUCAUGAAACCAAAGCUUUGUUGAACAACAACGGACCUCGCUAUAAACGUAGUAAACUUGAGAGACAAAUGAACACAGAUGUUUUUUGGUGUGUGCUAAUUCUCUUAAUUAUGUGCCUGCUCUCUGCUGUAGGUCAUGCACUAUGGGUAUGGCAGUAUGGAGAGAAGAGACCGGUGUUUGAUGUCCUUGGAACUGAUGGAAAUUAUGUGAAGCCCCUGCUUUCUGCGGUGUAUUUAUUUUUUACUAUGAUCAUUGUUUUACAGGUGCUCAUCCCAGUGUCUCUGUACGUUUCCAUUGAAAUUGUUAAAAUCUGCCAAGUUUAUUUUAUUCAUCAAGAUAAAGACCUGUAUGAUGAAGAAACAGACUCGCGCCUACAGUGCCGUGCCCUUAACAUCACUGAGGACCUAGGUCAGAUACAGUAUAUAUUCUCAGACAAAACUGGAACACUAACCGAGAAUAAAAUGGUCUUCAGACGCUGCACAGUUUCUGGAAUAGAGUAUUCUCAUGAUGCCAAUGCAAAGCGUUUAGCAGCCUAUCAGGAGGUAGAGUCCGAAGAAGAAGAUAAUGGAGCAAAAAUGGCAACACUUGCAAGGCGGGACAGCAAUGGCAGCCAUCACAGUGUAAAAGCAGUUCACCGGAAUCAGAGUACCAAGACCCACAGGCGGACUGGUAGUAGAGCAGAAGCUAUGAGGGCCAGUAUCCUUUCUAAGCACACAGCAUUUAGCAGUCCCAUGGAAAAAGAUAUCACUCCUGACCCAAAGCUUCUAGAAAAAGUAAAUGAUUGCACUAAAGCUUUGAAGAUUGUGAGAAACCGCGAAGAUCUCAUCUCCAGGCUCACUCCAGAACUGAUGGAUGUGUUUGACUUUUUUGUUGCUUUGACUAUUUGCAAUACUGUUGUUGUAACUUCUCCAAAUCAGCCUAGACAAAAGGUUCGAGUCCGUUAUGAACUGAAAUCCCCUGUUAAAACCAUCGAGGACUUCAUCCGUAGGUUUACUCCUAGCCGACUCGCUUCGGGAUCAAAUAGUAGUAGUAGCUCAUCAAGUCUUGCCACUAGCAAAUCUAUGCAAAGAAUUGGAUCAAGUAUUUUGUCUUCCAGCUCAGUCGAAGGCAAUUUUACUAAGUUAGAAGGAAAAGUCUAUGGCACUCCACAGACUACUGUUGGUAGUCAGGACUCUCACCAUGGAACCAGAGUCACAAGAGAUGUACAGGAGGGAGAGUUACGCUAUGAAGCAGAAAGCCCUGAUGAAGCUGCUCUUGUAUAUGCUGCCCGAGCGUAUAGCUUUUCUCUUGUUGGUAGACUGUCUGACCAAGUAACUGUUGAGUUACCACACUUGGGGAGACUAAGCUUUGAACUUUUGCACACUCUGGGAUUUGACGCUACCAGGAAACGGAUGUCUGUGGUUGUCAGACAUCCACUUACAGAUGAAAUUGUUGUUUACACUAAAGGAGCAGAUUCAGUUGUUCUCGAUCUUGUCCAAGAAUGUCCUAAAGACAAUUCUGUGGGAAAGUACCAAAGAAGAAUUCAAGCCAAAACUCAGAAUUACUUGAACUGUUAUGCAGUUGAUGGAUUGAGAACUUUGUGUAUAGCUAAACGAGUUCUCAGUAAAGAAGAGUAUUCUUGUUGGCUGAAAUUUCAUUUACAAGCAGAAUCCUCAUUAGAAAACCGUGAAGAGCUACUGUUCCAAUCUGCGGUCCGUCUGGAGACCAAUCUACAUUUGCUGGGUGCUACAGGUAUAGAAGACCGCUUACAGGAAGGUGUUCCAGAGACAAUUACUAGACUGCGCAAGGCUGGAAUGCAAAUCUGGGUUCUGACUGGAGACAAGCAGGAAACAGCUGUAAAUAUAGGAUAUUCUUGCAAGCUUCUGGAUCACGAUGAUGACAUCAUCACAUUAAAUGCAGAAUCUAUGGAAGCCUGUGCUGCUUUGCUAAAACAGUGUUUGCACUAUGUAGAGUCCAAGAUUUCUAAUGACUCAACAAAAGCUGCUGGGAAAGUAGAUUUUGCUUUCGCUCGUAAUAACUACCAAUGGUCUUCACUGACAAAACAGAAUCUUGGAUUGGUGAUUGAUGGCAAAACAUUAGCCUUUGCGCUAGAUGUAACCCAAGCAGAUACAUUUAUUUCACUUGCUCGGCAAUGCCGCUCUGUGCUCUGCUGUCGCUCUACACCCCUUCAGAAGAGUAUGGUGGUGAAACUUGUUCGGGACAAACUCAAAGCUAUGACACUAUCAGUAGGAGAUGGGACCAACGAUGUCAGCAUGAUUCAGGUGGCAGAUGUUGGUGUUGGAAUUUCUGGGCAGGAAGGAAUGCAGGCAGUAAUGGCCAGUGACUUUGCCAUUCCUAGAUUUCGAUACCUGGAAAAGCUACUGCUUGUUCAUGGUCGAUGGUGCUAUUCUCGACUCGCCAAUAUGGUGUUAUAUUUCUUCUACAAGAAUGCUAUGUUUGUGGCCCUCCUCUUUUGGUACCAGUUUUUUUGUGGAUUCUCCGGAUCAGCUAUGAUUGACCAGUGGUAUUUGAUCUUUUUUAACUUGCUAUUUUCAUCCAUUCCACAACUUGUUACUGGGAUUCUUGAUAAGGACCUUCCUGUUGACAUGUUGAUUGCUGUUCCUGAACUCUACAGGAGUGGUCCAAGUAUGGAGGAGUACAAGCCGCAUAUGUUUUGGCGCAACAUGGUUGAUGCUUUCUACCAAAGUCUUGUAUGCUUUUUCAUUCCUUAUUUCACUUUCUAUGACUCUGAUAUUGAUUUGUUCACUUGGGGAACACCUAUAGUCACUUGUGCCCUAUUCACCAUUAUGUUGCAUUUGGGAAUUGAAACCAAAACCUGGACAUGGAUCAAUUUGUCCACAAUUGUGUUCAGCAUUCUUCUGUUUUUCUCUGUGGCUUUGAUUUACAAUUCAUCCUGUCCAACAUGCAACCCUCCAUCAAACCCAUACUGGACUAUGCAGAGACUCCUCAUCAAUCCUUUGUUUUAUUUAAUUUGUACAUUGUCACCCAUUGCUGCUUUAUUACCCAGGUUUUUGUAUAAGUCCAUCCAAGGAACAAUGUUUCCAACACAAGUACAGGUUGGUCGUCAAGUGCUGAAAGCUCAUCCCGAAUGCCUCAAUCAUAUUGUAAACAGGCUACAUUCUCACAGUUCACCUGUGCCAGAAAAACAAAUCAGUACUACCAUAUCAACUGUUAGUGAAUUUCAUCUUGGAAGGAACCAAACAGAAACCAUUGUGGACCGAGAGAAAGAGACUCAAAUGUUGUGCCUUGCAAAUCAAGUCAAAGGAUCGCCUGAAAAAGCAAACUAUACCAGUGCAGAUCCUUCUUUUCCUGUAAAGAUUAAACACCAGUUGGGGACACUUGCCCAGCCUUACACCCAUGACUGUUCUUUGGAAGCCUUUUGUGUAGAUGAGAUGUUGCAAUGGGAUCCAAGGAAGGAUCAGUCUGACAUUGGAUUAGUAAACUGGAUCACGUCUACUCCUUUGUUUGAUUCUGCAAGGCCAAAGCAGCCCUCUGUUAGUGUUCAGGACACAUCCAAAGACUCUGCUAUAUUGCCAUCAGAUUUAAGUAUUCCCAAAGAUUCCAACCGAAGCUCAAGCUGUAUUUUUCCAGAAAUGGUAAUAAGGACCAUAGGCAACGGGGAUAUGCAAGAAACAACUUUUUUAUAA